AUGGAUGACUUCAGAUUGAGUUGGAAUGUGUUGUUACAGGGAACAGUGACAUUCAAAGAUGUGGCUAUUGACUUCACCCAGGAAGAGUGGCAGCAAUUGGAACCUGCUCAAAGGAACCUGUACCGGCAUGUGAUGCUAGAAAACUAUAACAACUUAAUCACAGUGGGCUGUCCAUUUACCAAACCCGAUGUGAUUUUCAAGUUGGAGCAAGAAGAAGAACCAUGGGUGGUGGAGGAAGAAGUGUUAAAGAGACAUUGUCCAGGAGAAAUAUCUGGACUUGAUGACCAUCAGAAUAUACAGGACAGACUUUUGACAAAACUCAGAGAUAAGUUCAUAAAAAUACUGACUGAAGAAAAAGUCAGUGAAUGUCAUAAGAAAAUUUCUUAUGCAUUUUCUCCAAACUCGGAGUUUUACCCCUCUGUUCACAACCUCUGUGACUAUAACUUAUUUGGAAAGUAUUUAGAACAUAAUUUUGACUGUCAAAAUAAUGAGAAAAUCCUUAUAGAAAAGGAAUACUGUGAAUAUAAUGAACCUAUAAAGUCAUCUGGCAGUAGAUCAUCUCAUUUUGUAGUAACCCCCUUUAAGUGUAGUCAUUGUGGAAAAGGAUUUAGUCAAACCUUGGAUCUCAUCAGACACCUGAGAAUUCAUGCUGGAGAGAAACCCUAUGAAUGUAAAAACUGUAGAAAAGCCUUUAACCAUAAUAAAAACCUCUUAAAACAUCAGAUAAUUCACAGUAGGGAACAUUCUUAUAAAUGUAAUGAAUGUGGGAAAGCGUUCAUUAAAGUGUCAAAUCUCAAUAGACAUCAAAGAAUUCAUACUGGAGAGAAACCCUAUGCAUGUAAGGAAUGUGGGAAAUUCUUCAGCCAAAAAUCAAAUCUUAUUGAUCAUGAAAAAAUUCAUUCUGGAGAGAAACCUUAUGAAUGUGAUAAGUGUGGAAAAGCAUUCAGCCAGAAGCAAAGCCUCAUUGCACAUCAUAAACUUCAUACUGGGGAGAAACCUUACGUAUGUAAUGAAUGUGGUAAAGCUUUCCCUCGAAUUGCAUCCCUUGCUCUUCAUAUGAGAAGUCAUACAGGUGAAAAACCUUAUAAAUGUGAUCAAUGUGGAAAAGCCUUCUCUCAGUUUUCCAUGCUUAUUAUACAUGUGAGAAUUCAUACAGGUGAGAAACCAUAUGAAUGUAAUGAAUGUGGAAAAUCCUUCUCUCAAAGUUCAGCCCUUACUGUACAUAUGAGAAGUCAUACUGGCGAGAAACCUUAUGAAUGCAAGGAAUGUAGAAAAGCCUUCAGCCACAAGAAAAGCUUCAUUACACACCAGAAGAUUCAUACUAGAGAGAAACCUUAUGAAUGUAAUGAAUGUGGGAAAGCAUUUAUUCAAAUGUCAAAUCUUGUUAGACACCAGAGGAUUCACACUGGAGAAAAACCCUAUACAUGUAAAGAAUGUGGCAAAGCCUUUAGCCAGAAAUCAAAUCUUAUUGCUCAUGAAAAAAUUCAUUCUGGAGAGAAACCUUAUGAAUGUAAUGAAUGUGGUAAAGCCUUCAGCCAAAAGCAAAACUUUAUUACACAUCAGAAAGUCCACACUGGAGAGAAACCUUAUAACUGUAAUAAAUGUGGUAAAGCCUUCUCUCAAAUUGCAUCCCUUACUCUUCAUCUGAGAAGUCACACAGGGGAAAAGCCUUAUGAGUGUGAUAAAUGUGGGAAAUCCUUCUCUCAGUGCUCAUUGCUUAAUUUGCAUAUGAGAAGUCAUACAGGUGAGAAGCCCUAUGCAUGUCAUGAGUGUGGAAAAGUUUUCUCUCAAAGAACUUCCCUUAUUGUGCACAUGAGAGGUCAUACCGGUGAAAAACCCUAUGAAUGUAAUAAAUGUGGAAAAGCCUUCUCCCAAAGCUCAUCCCUUACAAUACAUGUACGAGGUCAUACAGGUGAGAAACCCUUUGACUGUAGUAAAUGUGGAAAAGCCUUCUCUCAAAUCUCAUCUCUUACACUUCAUAUGAGAAAACAUACAGGUGAGAAGCCUUAUCAUUGUAAUGAGUGUGGUAAAGCUUUCAGCCAAAAGUCACAUCUUGUUAGACACCAAAAAAUUCAUACUCCUUAGAAAUAGAAACCCUAUGAAUAUAGUGAAUAUGGAAAAACCUUCAGAAGUAAUUAGCACCUCCUUUCAUAUUAUGUAACCGAUUACAGAGUAGAAAACUGUGAAUAUGGGAAACCUUUUGAAGAAGUCACACAUUCGUGAAACAUGAGAAUUCUUACCAAGAUUAAGAAUUUCAUAAUGAAAAAGCUGAUCAUCAAAAACCUUUAGCAGAUAUCUUAUCUACUAAUAUUUAUCAUUCUCAUUAAAACCUGAAACAAGAUGUCUUCUGUUAGCUUAUCAACAUGAUACUUGGGUUCCUAGCCAAUGUAUUAUCAAGAAAAAGAUUGGGGCCCUAACCGGUUUGGCUCAGUGGAUAGAGCAUCAGCCUGCGGACUGUAGGGUCCCAGGUUCGAUUCCAGUCAUGGACAUGUACCUUGGUUGUAGGCACAUCCCCAGUAAGGGGUGUGCAGGAGGCAGC